AUGGAGGGAUGCUUCGGGGUGCUAGCGCUGGUCUGGCUACUCGGCGUGGCCGGCGUCGCGGAAUCAGAAUCAGAUCAGCGGCCCAGUUGGAUAUCCUGUCGAACUCUUUCCAGGAAUCUCACUUCAAAGAUUUUUAACUACACACAUAGACCGGAGGGUUGCUUGGAAAAUCUUCAGCUGAAUGGCAGUGAAAAUAUUCCACGCAUAGAAGUCAGUGACAACUGUGACCCCGACACGCUCAAGACCUUACCGGAGACAUGCCUGAAGAAAAUUAAGGAAGGCUUGUUAUACUAUCACAAUCAGUUUAACCAACUGGUAAAAGUGAGUGUGUCAAAACAUGGCAGCGAUGUUUGGACAUUUGCAGAUAAUCUUUCAAAAAUGAUCUUGGAUCUUCUCAAGACAAUCAAGACCUCAGAUAACAGCACUGAUGCCACGGACAGCAAGGUCACCAACAGCGAUGUCACAGAUGUGCACCAGAUCAAUGAUUGGAUAUUGAACUGCACAAUGUUUGUUACUUUGCGGAGAUUUCAGUCAUUUUCAUCUUUGGUAGCCCGUGUCUUUGGACAUCCUACAGGAAACCCUUCGAAUCAUUUUAAUACAGGCAACUAUUGAGUAUAGUUAAGGCACCAGGUGGGUCAGGAAUCAUCCUGAAAAAUAGACAAUGUCCAGUUUGUGUUGAACAGUCCCUUUUAUACACAAAUAUUUGAAAUACAAGGUACCUAAAUUUUCCAAUACCAAUUUGCUUUAUAAAUAAUCAUCUUGAAUGCAUGUGGCAGUAUAGUGGUUACUAUUUGAUUAAUCCAGUGAAUUAGGAG